AUGAAUACACAGUUCAUCAGUACUGUCGAGGUAGGUCGAGGUUGCACAUAUUGGACGUUGGACACUAUACGCAAAUAUACAAGUUCGACGUUACCUAGUGCUCUUGGCUUACCUAAUCAAAUGACAUCGUUAAGUGACAUAUUAUUACCGUGGAAUCAUACAGAGCAACCAAACAACUUGUUUUUAACAUUCAGGAACUCUGAUGAUUGUAUUGUACAUGUACCUGUUACAACAUCAAAUGUUCAAAACUUGAGAAAUUAUUCAGAUACACUGAUUUUAUCCGAACUCAAUGAACAAAUGGCUAGGAGAUUUGGAAGCAAAGAUCAGGAAUACGGCCCUUUAUUGCUUCCUGGAUCAAUAUUUUUUGUAGACACUAGUCAUCGUCCUCGUAGAAAAGUCAAUUCAUAUCGUGAAUGCAAUGAUGAAACUAGUAGUUAUAAUGAGAAAGAAGAAGAAGAAGAAGAUUCCAAAGAAACUCUUCAUCAAACUGAUGAUAAUAAUAAUAACAACGAUAUUGUCAAUUUGAAAAAUCGAUUAAUUGAUUUAACUGAAUUAGAAAAACUCUCAGUUAUAUUUACAAAUAGAAGAAUUGCAAUGAAUCUUUCUCAAGCUGAUGUCAUAAAUUCACUUGGAAAACUCUAUGGUGUACAUCGUAGUGUUUCGUUGAUUUCACGUUUUGAACGAAUGGAUCUUAGUUUAAGCAAUUAUUUAAAAGUUUAUCCAAUUAUAUUAAAAUGGUUAAAAGAUAGUGCAACUGCUGAUGGUCGUGAUAAAAUUAUUCGAUCUGUGGUUAAUUCACAAAGUUGUAGUAAUGAAAAUGAUAAUGCUGAUGCUCUUGCUGAUACUACUGCUGCUGAUGACGAUACUACUGAUAAUGAUGAUAUAGAAUCUUUAAUAAAACAACAUUCUCCUCAGCCUGAAAAUCCUACUUUCUCAAAAUUCACAAAACGACGACCAAGAACAAUAAUACCUAAUUCUAUACGAAGAGAACUGGAACGAAUCUAUAGACAAAAUCAACAAAUAACCAGAUAUGACUUUAAAGAAUUAGCCAAUAAAUUCAAUGUUGACAAAACAGUAAUCAAAGUUUGGUUCUACAAUCGUCGUACGCGUACACUUCAGAUGAAUCGUAAAAUGCGAUUGAAACGAGCCAAGCGGACACGUUAACGAACAUGACAAUUUUGAAAAUAAAUAAAUAAAACAAAUAUUUUUAUUUUUAUAAAAAAAAGAAGUCUUUAGUUUUUUUUUAUGAUUACGCUUAAUAAAUGUAUGACAUUAUUAUUAUUA